UCUACAUUUCACCGCUCCACUGACUUACUUCGCCCUAAAAAGCCUUGCUUGUUUUCUGGGAACAAACAAAGCGACCUGGCAAAAUCGGAAUCAUGUGAAGGCCUUCAUCAAAAUCUCCAAAUUAUCCGAACCGAAUACGGAGCAACAUACAAAUUCUCAACGCACAAACUUAAAAUAUAUGUUUAUUUUUUUGAAAUCUUAACCAAGCUCUGAGAAUACAAUAGAAGUCAGGAUGUCCAGCGAUCCACCGGAAAUGGAAACCGAAGCGAACCAGGAACAAGAGCAGGAGGAUCAGGAACCAGAUGCGCCCAUAGAAGUACCGUCGAUCAGCAGCAUGAGCAGUUCCGAGGACGAGGCCGUUCCCAGCACCAGUCACCGUCCACCGGUGAUGACAUGCCCGGUUGCCCGCUCUGUGCUAGGCAACACCACCGGGCCAUCUGUUCCUUCGCCGAUGGUGGCAGCACCGUUAAAUGGCUGUUCAGUGCGAAUCAAGCGGGAGCUGCAGGAGAUCCGAAAGCAGCCACCGCCAAACUGCUCCGCUGACAUGCUUCGUGACGAUCUCUUACACUGGACGGCGGGCAUUAAUGGACCCACUGGCACCGUCUACGAGGGCGGGUACUUCCGGCUAGACAUCCGCUUCCCGCCGACCUAUCCGUUUCGGCCGCCCCGCAUCCGGUUCACCACCCGAAUCUAUCACUGCAACGUGGAUAGCCGCGGUGCCAUUUGCCUGGAUGUUCUUGGUGAGCGCUGGUCGCCCGUCAUGAACGUGGCCAAGGUCCUUCUGUCCAUCUAUGUCCUGAUGGGCGAAUGCAAUCCGGACGAUCCGCUGGUCAUGUGCAUUGCCGAUCAGUACAAGACCAAUCGCAAUGAGCACGACAAGAUCGCCCGCCACUGGACCCAACGCUUCGCCAUGCCCAAGGAAAGCAAAGACACCAAACAGGACAUCGAUACUACCGAUAAUACACAAGAGCAACAGCAGGAUCAGCAAAAUCAUGUUUAAAAUCAGCAGCAGCAGUAUCAGCAGGGACAGCAGUCCUCGGCAAAGGAUUAGAAGGUCUGGAGCCUCGUCAUGCACUCUUCCAAAUCGAUCACUUGGUUAUUUU